GAUUUUUCCCUUGAUAAAUAUAUACCAAUCCCGAUUCAUACUCGCAUCAAUUUUGGUCCUGUUGUUUGUGUUGUUGCACUUUUACAAAAUUAGUUAUCAAAUUGAUGAGGAAAAUGCUACUGGCUAUAAUACGAUUGCACUUGUUUACGCAAUUCCUUCUUCAUACAUGUCUCGUUAAGCACGAGACGUAAAUAAAAUAUCGUUGAGCAUAGAUGGUGAUGGAAUAUGAUGUUACUAUAAAUUUUUAAAAUUCCAUAAAGUGUUUCGAUUUUUUGAAUAUUUCUCUACACUCUGAUAACAGAAUUUUGUAUGUUCGUUGAUCUACUGCCAGCUAAAAAGUGGAAAUUCUAACAGUUUCUGAUGGUACAGUGAAAUAAUAAUACUGAAGGUGUUGAAUGAAGAGGUUAUAGAGGCAAUAUUAAUUAUUCUCACUUAAUAUAUUAUUUGAUUAAGAAGUUGAAUCCUCAGGAUCUUACAAUAUGAACUCACAAAGUUUCAUUGACGAAUUGACUGAUAACUUAAAAAAGAACAAGUUCGAAGAAGCUUUAGAAUUGUUUAAAGACGAUAGCAAUAACUCUAUUAUUGACAGAGAUUCAUGGGUAAUUAUACAAACUGUGUCAUCUUUUAUUACUAAUGAAAAUGCAGAACACAAUAAAGAAUUGAUCGAUUGUUGUACAUUGAUACUGACUGCUAUAGCAGAAAAAUGUAGUCUUAAACAGAUAAUAUUUGAAUUCUUAGAAGAGAUGGAAGAUGACUUAAGAUUUUGUAUAGUUCUUAAAGUAAUUGGUAAGAAUCUUUUGAAAAUAAAUGAUAACAUAAAACCAAUAAAAUGGUGUCUUUAUACGAUAAGAUCUUAUGUUGAGGAUUUAUCAAGACAGAAAGAAACUCAGAAAGAUACAACAAACAGAAUUCUGAAAAUUUACAAUGAGAUUAUAUCAUUCCUUGAACUAAUGGUAGAGAAAGCAGCAUUGAAGAAUGUAAAUUCAGAGAAACAUGCUGUGUUAAGAGAUCAUCUCUUAAGUCUGCUCAUUUUUUUAAUGGGAGAACCACUAUGUUAUUUACCAGAUUACACAUCAGGAUCCCAAUUGAAUGAUCGUUUGCCAGAAAAAAUUAUAAUACUUAUGACUCAUAUUACAGGGGAUUUACUUUGGUUUUUAAGUAUUAUAAGCAGAAGAAGCAGAGAAAAUGAUUUGAAGAAGAAAAAGGUCGACGAAGAAAGUAGUAACAUUAAGGUGGCUCUUUUUGAGUCAAGAGAAUAUGUACCAGACUUAGCAUAUGCUAAUUUAUAUUUUCAUGUUUUAACAGAAUUGCAUUUAUGGAAGAAAGUACCCCAGAUAUACAACUGGGAAUACAUUUUUCAAACAUGUAUAUAUCUUAUUAUUAAGUUGCUUCAGGAAACUGAAAUUGUUGCCAUUAAAAAAGGAUUAAAUCUUACGGAUCAUCUUCUGAAUAAAUUAACAGAACGCUCUUUAACAUUAGAUGUGUUGGAGCUUAAUGUUUAUUCAAAACUCUUUGAUGCUCUUGUGAAAAUAAUGAUCUAUUGUGAUAAUGACAAAGAACGUAGAAAAGCUUUAGAAGUAUUUCGAAAAUACAUUGAAAUAUUUGAUAUUGAAGCUAGAUAUCAUGUUGUACUACGCUUAUAUCAAACUAGUGAACAUUCAGGUUUACUUAGCUUGACUACUAGCAUAUUUAAGGAUUCUAUUAUUGAAUGCCUUCAUACAUCACCUCCUACACCCUACUUUCUUGGAGAUAACUUCAAAAUUUUAUUGAAAUUGGCUUGCAAAUUAUCACAUGGCAGUGCAACAGACCUGGUAGAAAUAUCUGAUGAAAUAAUUACCAGUUUGAAUCUUUUAAGAUUUUUAUUUCUCAGGGAUAGAUACAAUCAAACUGGAAUUUGGGAUCUUUUAGAUGAACUUAAAAGUGAUUUUCUAGAACCUUUAAGAGAAGGAAUAGAUUUAUGUAGAGCACAUUGGAAAGUGAGAAUAAAGGACUUAGAAGAACAAAAGAAAACUGUUAAAAGUGAUAUAGGAUUAGAAAAAAGUGAUGCUGAAGUAACACUGAUUGUGGGUGGAAAAAAGUUACCAGCAUUACCAAUUCCAGAGAAAAUUUCAUUCUGUCAUAAGGCAGUAAAUGGUCUUGAUGUAAUGGAAAGCAUUUUGAUUAGGAUCAAUGAAUGCAUUGCUGAGAUUGCCUUUACCAAAAAUAAUGAUAACACUGUAAUGUUAAAAUAAUAAUAACAUUUAUAAGAUGUACAUUUAUCGUGAAAUAAAAUCAUUUAUCAUUUACAUAUUCUAUUAAGUCUUAUGAUUUAUUAUUUGAGUGAUUGGUUU